AUGGCGAAAACCAGAGCGAAGAAACGAAAGCUCCCCAAAAAAUCCCCCAAUCCCACUCCCACCCCUAAAAUCGACAAAAAAAUCAAGAACAAGAACAAAUCCAAAUCCAAAACCCAAUUAUCCGAUUCUGACUCCGACUCCGACCGGCAAACCAAGCUCCAAUCUCUCCUCGAGGCCUUCUCCAAAGACCAACUCAUCACCCUCGUCACCGACCUCUGCUUAUCCCAAGACUCCCUUUUUUCCGUUAUAAAAGCCGCGGCCGACAAGGACAUCUCCCAUCGCAAAAUAUUUGUCUACGGCCUCGGUUGGGACGCUACGCACGAUUCCCUGGAGUUGUUUUUGAAAUCGUUUGGUGAAAUCGAGGAUUUGAACAUCGUGAAUGAUCGAGUAACUGGAAAGUGCAAGGGAUAUGCUUUUGUCACCUUCAAAACCCGGCAAUCUGCGAAGAAAUUAUUGGAAAACCCUAAAAUUAAUAUUGGCAAUCGUACAGCAUCGUGCCAGCUGGCGUCAGCGGGUCCCAACGCUGCUCCAGCUCCAGGAACAGUUACCCAGCUGCCGUCUUCUGCGGAUUAUGCGAACAGGAAGAUUUAUAUAAGUAAUGUGCCGGCAAAUGCAAAUGCACAGCAGUUGAGGGGAUUUUUUGAGAAAUAUGGGGAAAUUGAGACUGGGCCAACUGGUUUGGAUCCUACAACUGGGAAAUUUAAAGGUUAUGCAAUUUUUGUGUAUAAGACUUUGGAUGGAGCUAAAAGGGUUUUAGAGGAGCCUUAUAAGGUAUUUGAAGGGCAAAAAUUGCACUGCCAGAAGGCUACCGAGGGGAAGAGUAAGGUGGGCAGUGGGGCAGCAUCAAUAACUACAGCUCUGCAGCCAGUGCAGCCGCUCAUGCAGGCGGCAGCAGCCUCUCACCAGGCACAUAAUUUAGCAUCAUUGGGGCAGGCCGGGCAGCAGACGGGAUUUGUUAAUCCUUUGUAUGGUGGUGGGUUGAUUGGAAAUGCAAAUUUGGGUGGAUUGUUGGGAGGAUAUUAUGGGAUGAUGGGAGGUCAGCUUCCGGGGUUGGAUUUAGGUGCUUAUAGUGGUGCUGGUGCUGGCAGUGGAGGGUCGAGUGGGGCAAUCCUUCCGGGGUUUGGUUUAGGUGCUUAUAGUGGUGCUGGUAGUGGGGGGUUGAGUGGGGCGAUGCUGCAGGGGUUGGGUUUGGGUGCUUAUAGUGGUGCAGUGGAGGAUCAAGUGCGGCGAUGCUCAUGGGGUUGCAGCACGUGUACCCAAAAUUGCAGGGUGGGCAGCCGUCGUCCUUGGCUAAGUCUCCGAGGACGGGUGGUGGUGGUUACUCCGCGAACUUGUGAAGAAUUGUGGCUGAGCUGGAGGAACAAGUUCAUAUAUUUUUGGAAAAUUUCUAGGGGCUUGAUUGGGGUCGUUGGCUUGGUCGUGGAAUACGACAUUGCAGCUUUAUGUUCUUAUCUUUUAUUACUUUUCUCAUAG